GUGGGAGAGACUUCAUCUUAUUGCAAUCUUAUAUAUUUUAUUGCAAUACCUUCUUUUGCUAUUCAGCGACGGGCGCAUCACGGCUUAUUGAUGUUUGCCGUGAAAUUGAAGACAAUAGASUAGGAGUAAAAUUUKUCAGUUGAGCUGCUGACGGCUCCUUUAAAGAUAAAGCUGAAAACGUUGCCAGAAGAUCUUGAAAAUGAAGAAGGGUUCGAUUUUAGGGCUAAUGAUUUCGCUUCUACUCAGCUUAGAAUCGAGAUCUGAGGAUUAUGACAUGCACAAUGGCACUAAAGCUAACAAUCUUACCAGCGCAAGAAAGACAACUACUUCUGUUCCAGUAGAACUCGAACAUCCCAUGGUACUGGUYUACAGUCUUGUCACCGUUGGUACAGUCUCCAUUUUAGCGAACAUCCUCAUCAUCCAUGUGGUCCGAGUGAACGCUCAGAUGCAUACAUCUACAAACUUCCUUAUUGUYAGCAUGGCCUGUGGGGACUUAUUAGCCACCAUCAUAACAAUACCCUUUGGUAGUUACACUUUGGCAAAGUUAGAAGUUGGAAGCAACUGGGUGACGGACCUUUACCCACCAGCGAGAUCGGUAGUAUGCAGGUUGAAGCGUUACCUGUUCUUCGCSUCGUUAUUUUGCUCCAUAUACAGCCUCGUCGGCAUCACGUUUGAUCGAUUCCUGGCCGUAGUCCGUCCAUUGACGCACACACAAGGCAAGAGGUGGAAUAAGACGCUCAUACCACUUGUAUGGCUWGCUUCGCUGGCACUUCCUUUCCAYCAGUURGUARRUAAAGAWYUGGUAYKRSAGMRAAMWGGUYKAUUKKUAUGCGAGGCAGUUGGAUCGAAAGAAGAUGCAUAUUUGUUUGUGGUMCUUGGAUAUGCCCUACCCCAYGUGAUCAUGAUUGCCUUAUAUGUAGCCAUAGCCAUUGCAUUGUACAAAAGACGUGUCCCUGGCGAGCGACACUCAUCCAAUGCCAAACCCUACAGUGCCGCCAAGCAAACAGCUAACAAAGUGACAAGAAUGAUCAUCUGUAUUCUACUGGCGUUUAAUCUUUGUUAUACUCCAUUGUUUYUGCUCUAUGUUGUCCCCUUCAUAGAGCAAAGUGACCGACCAUCCAAUAUGCGAGAUAAAAUGUCUUCCAAAGUUCUGAUGACCUUCAAUGGGACCUCGAAUGCUUUGAUAUAUGCCAUAUUUAACGAGAAGUUCAGGCGCGCCUUUAAAGCUGCACUGCACAAUGAGUCGUUAGUGUCCGCCUUCAGAAUCGUCCGUAACAGAUCGCGAUCUUCCACCCUCACCAGCUCAGUCAACAACAAAAMAUCAACAGUGAAAGUGGUUGCCAUUGAAACUGUUAAGGCAUAA